AUGCCAAGAAGCAUUAUUGAAUACUUUGCUGAACAAGAGAGAUACAAAUGUGGAUAUUGUAAGAAACCCGAUUCAAAUUAUGGACAUGGAUUAUGGGCCCACACAAUGUCAGUGUCAGAUUAUCAAGACCUUAUAGAUAGAGGUUGGAGACGCUCAGGCAAAUAUUGCUAUAAACCAACUUUAAAUAUAAUUUGUUGUCCAAUGUACACUAUACGGUGCAGAGCACUCGAUUUUAAACCUUCGAAAUCCCAAAAAAAGGUUCUGAAGAGAUUCAAUAAGUUUCUGAUUAGUGAGAGUGAAGGAAGUAAUAGUGGUAGAAAGAUCUCAUGUUCCAGUAAUGAUUCGAAUUUUGAUGAGCCUGGUGGUGACCAAUGUGUAACAAGUAAGCAAGAACCACAAGUAUUAGAUAUCGGAGCAGACAUCAAGUUUAUUGACAGCCCAGAAGAAAUGAUCAUUGAAGCUACCACAUCAGAACCAAAAAGUGCCACCAUAAAUGAUAAAGUAAUACCUGAAGCCGAGAGUCCAAAAAAAGAUAAGGGGCCUGAUCCAUCUAAACCACCUUGCAAAAAGGCUAAACAGAUGAGGAUUGAACGUAAAAUAGAAAAACUGAAAGCCCAAGGUAAAGAUGUCACAAACGUAAUGAAAACUAAUAAGGAAAAACAGUUGGAAGACUUUAUUAGAGAUCUUCCUGAUGAGGUUAAGCAUAAAUUAGAGAUAAAACUAGUUAGAACUUCACCUCCGAGUCCAGAGUGGUUAGCUUCAGCGAAAGAAACUCAUGCUGUUUAUGUCAAGUAUCAAAUGACAGUGCACGGGGACACAGCUGAUAAAUGUUCGGAGCCAAAAUUUAGUGACUUUCUAGUUCAAAGUCCUCUAUCGGAGGAAUAUUCUGAAAUAGGACCACAGUGUGGCUAUGGUUCAUUUCACCAACAAUACAAGCUGGAUGGUAAAAUAAUUGCUGUUGGCGUUAUUGAUAUAUUACCAAAAUGUGUUUCAUCUGUUUAUUUCUUUUACGAUCCACAAUAUAUGAAUCUAACAAUGGGGACAUAUGGAGCGUUGAGAGAAAUAGAAUUUACAAGACAUCUUCAUACAAUGUGUCCCGAACUGAAAUACUAUUACAUGGGCUUCUACAUACACUCCUGCCGGAAGAUGAGGUACAAGGGCAACUACAACCCAUCGGACUUGCUUUGCCCCGAGACCUUCAAAUGGUUCCCUCUGAAGGAAUGCUUACCAAAGUUGGAAUUAUCACCGUACUCGAGACUGGACCCCGAUCUAGAUAGUGUUGAUGAAAACUACCCUAGUGAUUACGAUAUUAAUUUUAUACCAGUGUUGAAUAAGAGUCAAGUGGUGCCAUAUAAAACUUACAGAAGGAAGGGACGAGGUGAUGAAACGGAGGAGGUAUUGCAAUAUGCAAGAUUGGUCGGUGCGAAAACUGCAAAGAGUCUUAUUUUAGUUAGGUAA